CGCAUAAAGGCGGUGCGUGUCCCGUCCAGACCGCGAUCCUCUCUUCGCUUGUCAGCGCGCGCGAGCUUUUUCAUCGCUUGCACCGGUUUCCAAGGCAAAACACAAGACCAUCUCGAGUCGUGCAGCGUCUCGUAUCUAAUCUGCACCGACGCCGUCUGCUGCUCUGAGACUAUAUAAGAGUCGCACAAACUCGCGACAUAACGUAACCCAGCGUAACCCAACGAGCCCGUUCCCCAUUCCCCGUUGCACUGCGGCCCGCCCCCGUGCAGCUCACUAACUCUCGCUGGUGCUUGCAAGAGUCCGUUGCGCUUCGCUAUCCGCAGCCCUCCUUGCUCCUCGCCAUUCUGCCUCCUCCCUCGCAGCCCCCACUCCCAGGCUCUUUGCCCGCGCCGUCCCCUGCGCCUGUGCAUGCUUGCUCUACCCCCACCCACCACCGACGAUCGCUCCGCCAGCUUAGCCUUUGCAGCAGCGCUCGCCCGCGUCUGCGUCUGCCUCCGUCACCCCCACCAUCCCCACACGGUCUGUCUCUCGCGCAUCCCACACGCCCCCCGUUGCGCCCACGCAUCACUCCACCAUGUAUCCCACCUCCUACGGUCUCGCGCCCCCGCGCGACGGCGCUGAUGCUGCUGGCGGCCAGCGCCAACAACAACAACAGCAGCAGGCCCGCGCCAUGGGCCCUGUAGGACUGGCGCACCCUGCCGCCCAGGGUGCACACUCGGGGCCCCAGGGUCCUCCUGUCGCCUCCACCUCGCCACGCUCCACCGCUCUUGCGGCCGCCACUUCCCUCGCCCCCACUCCCCCCUCCUCCACCGCUCUCCACCACCACCAACACCAACACCACUUGGGCGCCCACACCACUGCCGCCGUCAACCUCCUCCGAACCAGCAGCGGCAACGUCUCCGGUGUCAGCCCAAUCCUCAACCACAGCAUCCUUGCUUCCCCCAGGAACUCGUUUUCCCACCCAAACACUCUUCCUCCGCCGCUUCCCAUGGCCCAGCCGCUGCAGCACGCCGCCUCCCUUGGCGGCAGCAGCCCGCCCGCCGCCUCGCUUCAGCAGCAGCAGCAGCAGCAUUCACAACACUCUCAGCAGCAAGCUUCGUUCUCCACAGGCGCCGUCUCUCUCCCAGGCCUCCCCACACAUCCCCAGCUCACCGCCCAGCGGUCCUCCCCCUUUCCUCCCUCCACACUGCUUCCUCCCCGACUGUCCCCGUCCUCUUCCGCUGCUGCUGCUCCUCCGCCGGGCGUCCCUGGCCCGGCGCUGCCCCUGCCCUUGCUCUCGUCGCCGUCCGCCUACGCCCCAUCCCCGCACUCUGCGGCCCCGCCGGGCGCUCCUCCACACUCUGGCACUCCGACCCCUGCCCCGCACGGAGCCGGCCCCACGUUUCAGCUGCCCCGCUUCCUCUCGGCCACCCCUAUGCCAACCACAAACGGCAUGCUCCCCAUCCCCGAGACCACGGCCGGCCUGGCCCCGCCCCCGUCCGUCCUCGGCUUUCCUCCCCUACAGGGUCCUCCAGUGCACGCUGCGGACGGGACUCCGCUCUCGAUGUCCUCGGUGCAGCAGCCAGGCGCCGCUUCGGCCGCCUCGUCGGCGGCCGCUGCGGUUGCCUCGUCGCCCUCGCUGCACCCGGUGCCCGUCAUGACGGCUCCCCCGCAGCCCAAGCGGCAGGCUCGCAAGCGGACGAAGACCGGCUGUCUGACCUGCCGCAAGCGCCGCAUCAAGUGUGACGAGAAGAAGCCCGUCUGUUACAACUGCAUUAAAUCGAAACGCCAAUGCGAGGGCUACACCCACGUCCUGCGCUCCUCCGGCGUCGUCGAUGCCACACGCAAAAUUCCUAUUUCCAGCCUGCUCUCGGAGCCGGCCCCGCACGGCAUGGCCGGCCAUCCGACGCAUCCUACAUUCCUUUACUACAUGCAGUCGGUUGCGCCGUCGCUGUGUCUGUGGGACUUCAGCUACUUCCCGGUCGGCAGCCCAGACGCUUCCUUCAGCUCCAUCUACUGGUCCUCCACCGUCCCCGAGCUCGCCCUUCGGAAUUCCACCAUUGGCGUCGCCCUGUACGCCUUCGCCAGCGCCAAGAGGCGGCUGCCCGCGGAUGCGGUCGCCUUCGCCCGACAGGCACGCGUUACUCUCGACAAAAUCACCACAACCGAGAGCCUGCUCGUGCUCGUCCUGCUCGCCGUCACCCAGCUCUACCUUCCCGACCCCGACGUCGAGGUGUUCAACUUCGCCGUGGACCAGGUGCUGUGGUUCGAUGCCGCCGGUCUCACUAGCUCCAGCGACGAGCUGAUCACGUACCUUCUGCGACGGAUGUUCAUUCGGCAGGUCGUGCUGGCCGGGAUCGUCAUGCCUCUCGCCAACGGCAUGAAUCCGCUGCCGCUGCUCAAUUGUGAGCUGCCUCCGCCCGUCAGCACCACGGCCGUUCUCGCCGACUCGCUCUUCAGCAUGGGGCUCCGUUCCCUGUGCAUGGACCCGACGUUCGACAAGAACAGCUUCUUCGACUGGUCCUCCCGCUGCCCCGUCGAUCCCACCGACCUUGCUCGGCUCUCGCUGCUCAUGAUCCACUCGGUGUUCGUCGCUCCCGACAGCAUCUCGCGCUGGGUCGAGAUUAUCCUCCAGCAUCCCGACCCGUCGCCCGCCAUUCAUAUUGCCCGUGCGUGUCUGCUCGCGGUGAAGCAAAGCACCGAUCUGGCCGAGCUCCGGCUCAAGGUCGAGCAAUGUGUACAGUCGUGUGAAGCCCGCCAGCUGCAACUCAACCUCUCGUCCUUUUCUCAAAACGGCUAUUCUGGCGCUCCCGCCCCACCCAGUACAGGCCCAACUUCUAAUGGUGAUGCGAACAACUCUAGUUCAGCAACGGGAGACAACGGCGGCAAUGCCGCCGGUAAUAGUGGUUCUUCAACCGUCGCCGCCAUCGGUUGCCAAUAACGCUGGCACUGGCCGUUGCUUCGGCGGCCGUCUCGUUUGCAGCAUCGAGAAGCCCUCUCAUUACACUCCCCGUUACUCACUCGCUUACACGCUGGAUCUGUUUGUCUGCUAAGACGUUGGCUGUCUCCCACACACACAUGCGCGUCUAGCAACGAACAUCGGGCCUUUGGUUUAUGUUCCCUGCCCUCUUUUUUCGUCUCUUGGUACACUUGCUAUUGGCACCUUUGUCUUGUCUUUUUCCCUUUUUCUUUACUUCUUCUUGUCUUUACUCUUUCUUCUUCUUUUCUUUCUUCUCGUCCUUGUUUAUCACUCCGCGAAAAAGUGUGCUCUCUCAAGUUGUUUCCCUCUUCAGCUGUUGAUGUUUAUGUUGGUCUAUGUGGUUCUCUUUUUUCCUUUAUCUUCGUUUUCUCCGAUCCUCCGUAUUGAAACAUGCCAGCAGUAUAUUUUUUUCUCCCACUCUCUUUUUUCUUCUCUUGUUCGAUGCGAGUUGUGAUCGGUGGUCAGGCGAAUUGUCUGCUUGGUUGCUGCUUCCCGUUUGCAACUUUGUCCAAGUCUUUCUCGUUUACAUACAUACACUCGUGCGCACCCGCGUAUUGUCGCAUACUUAUUAUGAAGACUUGCUGCAAUUGCGGCCAGGUUUUUGCCCGGAUUGCAGCUUCGCCUUCGUGCAGGAGAAGUUGUUAAGAGUUAACGACCCUGUUUAAUCAGCGCGCCGUCUGAUCGAAUAGGCGUGUUGUUUUUCGCUCUGCUGUAGCGCAAUGUAUAGGAAUGGUUUCGAAAGAGGUUUGUGAGCAAAAUGUGUCAACGACUCGUGAGCAACGUCGACAAUUCAUGGACGUGCCGUUUUUUGUAAUAUCGUGCUCACUGUUUAUAGGCGUAAUGGAUUGCUUCGCGCUGCUCUUCAGAGAUUUCUGGGUUUCCGUGGAAUAGCAUUUGUAAAUAAAAUUAUAUAGAGUUUCCCAAAGGUCGGC